CUUUUGUGUUUGUCUUCGCUCAGUUGUGGAGCAAGUCGGUUUUUUCUCUUCAAUUUAUUUUUAAUCAACAUACAACUUCCUCGUUUUUGAUUCAUUAUCACUGGAAAAAAACGCAGGACACAACCUUAUUCACAGUCCUGGCAUUCGCACGCAUCAAAACCCUCGGAAGCGCCCUGCACCGUCUACUCACAGCACGCCCCACAAUGACCGUCCCUGAAACCACCAAAGUGCCAGCGCACUUCACAAUGACCGAGGAUGAAAUUAUCGCCAAAUUCCCCAACCGCCCGCGCUCCUACGAUCUAUUCAGCCGGCUAGGCAGCCCGCGACACAUCGUUGCCCCAAUGGUCGACCAGUCGGAGCUGGCAUGGCGCAUGCUCUCGCGCAAAUACAACGCCCAUCUCUGCUACACACCCAUGUUCCACGCGAAAAUGUUCAGCGACGAGGCGCCAAAGUACCGCGAUGAGCAGUGGCAGACUAACGAGGAAGAGCGGCCGGUGAUUGUGCAGUUCUGCGCUAAUGAUCCGGACAUUCUCCUUAAGGCCGCCCAGCUGGUGGUCGGCAAGGCCGAUGCCGUAGACCUGAACCUUGGCUGCCCUCAGCACAUUGCUAAGCGCGGUCACUACGGAUCCUUCCUUAUGGAGGAGUGGGACUUGGUCAGCAAGCUCAUUCGCAAGCUGCACGAGAACUUGGAAAUUCCUGUGACGGCCAAGAUCAGGGUGUUCCCGGAGCUCGACAAGACCAUCGCGUACGCCAAGAUGGUCGAGGCCGCCGGAGCCCAGAUCAUAACGGUGCAUGGCCGCCUGCGCGAGCAAAAGGGCCACAAGACCGGACUGGCCGACUGGGAAAAAAUCAAGGCUGUUAAGGAGGCUGUCAACGUACCUGUGUUUGCCAACGGCAACAUCCUGUACUUCGAGGAUAUCCAGCGGUGCAUGGACGCGACCAACACCGACGGUGUCAUGUCCGCCGAAACCAACCUCUACAACCCCGCGCUCUUCUCCGGCAAAAUCCUCCCCACCUGGCAAAUGGCCGAAGAGUACAUGGAGAUCUGCGACCAGGUCCCGACAAAGUACUCGUAUAUGCGCGCCCACAUGUUUAAACUGUUCAGAUAUAGCCUGCCUGUUCAUACGGAUUUGCGCGAGCAGCUAGUUAACACAAGGACGAUGGAGGAGUUUUGGCAGUUUGUCCGAGAUAUGAAGCAGAGGCUGAUUGCUGAUGCGGAGAAGGGGGAGGAAAAGUUUGAUCCGGAAAAUAUUGAGGUUGAUGAGUUUGGGUACCGCAAGUACCCGCAUUGGAUCUGUCAGCCGGCCCUGCGCUUUGAGCAUGAUAAGGAGACUUCGCAGUCUAAGCGUUUGCUCAACGAGGCCCAGGCUGCUACGAAGACACCGGCUGCGGAGGCUGCUUCUGAGCCAUUGGAACAGGCCAAGCCUGAUAUUGAAGUCAAAGUUGAAGUCAAGGGCGAAGCUGAAGCUGAUGUUGAAGCCGAUGCCGAUGCCGAUGCCGGGAACGAUUCCAAGCGGCAAAAGGUUUCUACCGAUUAGAUUUUUUUUGAAAAUACAUUGAAGAAAAUAUUAGAUACAAUAUGCGAUAUGCAUUUUCAAUUUAA